GCGGAGAAACAUAACAAGAAAUAAGCCCACCCUACCCUUCAUAAUCCAACAUCACUCCAAGAACGCGAAAACAUCUAGGGUCCUGACAAAUCAAAUGUGGGCGAUGACUCUUUCCAGACGCAUGGCCCGAUAUCCCUCAUAGCCUUUCGACGGGGUAUAGCUCUUUUGUAAACGUUUCUCCUCCGCGCUUAUGUCCUAACAACCACCGAAAUCUCGAGCUCCCGAAAUGACAGGGGAUUUUCUCACUCGCGGAGUUUUCUUUCGAGUGUACCGAGAGCUCGGAAUCUUGGUUCGUUAAAUGGGGGAUGGAUUAUGUAUGGCCGGGUAAGUAUGUCAAGAUGGGAAAUGCGUGGUGCUGACAUACUUCAGGUUCUCGUCUGCGAGAAUGAGGAAUCUUCAUUUGGCAGGACUGUGGGUUUGAGUAGUGCAUGAUGUUGCAGUAAAUCCCUAGGUAGGAAUUGGUGCAGUAAUCACUCUGCAUCAUUUGGGAAGCGGAUGUAUGUACAGAGCUCUCAAAGUGGUGUGACUCGGGAGGGGUUGAGAUGUAUAAGAGGGGUACAUGACUAUGUCCAAUUCCUCAUAUCUUUCUGAACUCCACAAGACAAUUCAUUACUCAAAAACAAAAAGAAACAGCCAACCACCUAUCCCGUCCCCUGAGAAUCCUCACAUCACAAAAAUGACCGCUCCAAAAUUCCCCUUUGCUCGGCCCUCAGACUACCAACCACCUCUGGAGUACGCCCAUCUCCGAGCCCAAGAUCCCGUGUCCCAGGUCGAGUUAUUCGAUGGAAGCCUCGCUUGGCUGGUCGUCAAAUAUAAAGAUAUUUGUAGUGUUUUGACGGAUGAUCGAUUAUCGAAGGUUGGUUUCUUCCCUCUACUAGCACUUUAGUCCUUCGCCUUUCCUUUCUUUUCUUUUCUUUUCUUUCCUUUCCCCCUAAAAGAGUCAUUGAACUGACGAGAUCAUCAAAGGAGAGGGCACGACCCGGAUUCCCCGAAUUGAGUGAGGGGGGUAAACUGGCUGCUAAGAGUAAACCGACUUUCGUGGAUAUGGAUCCGCCUCAGCACAUGGCUCAGAGGUAAAUAGGCCUUACUCCCAAGAUACGAAGGGAGACAGAGAGGGAAGAAUCUACUAAACCACGAAAAAUGAACCCAGGAGCAUGAUUGAACCCCUCUUCACCAAGCCCCAAAUCGACGCCCUCCGUCCCCAAAUCCAAGAAACCGUCGAUCAACUCCUCACCACCAUCAUCGCAGAAAGGGACGCACGCCCUUCAACCAAUUGUUCCCUCCAAGACGUCCAACCUUUUGACAUCGUCGAGAAAUUCGCCCUCCCAGUCCCUUCACACGUAUAUCCCCUCGUCUAUUUAUCUUUUCACAAAAUGAGACACUUACAUGUUGCAGACAAUCUACACCCUCCUCGGCGUCCCCCUAACCGAUCUCCCCUACCUCACAACCCAAGCCGCAAUCCGCACCAACGGCUCCUCCACCGCCCUCGAAUCCAGCUGCGCAAACGCCUCCCUCCUCUCCUACCUCAGCACCCUCGUCUCGCAGCGCAUCACCGUCCCAAAGCAGGAUCUCAUCACCCAUCUAGUAACCACGCAAUACCACCACGGCAUCCUCCAAAAAGACGACAUCAUGCAAAUCGCCUUCCUGUUGCUCGUCGCAGGCAACGCAACAAUGGUCUCCAUGAUCGCCCUCGGGAUCGUGACGCUACUCCAAAAUCCGACACAGCUGGAGUUGCUGAAAGCAGACGCGGAAAAGUGGAGUCCGAGGGUGGUGAGUGAGUUGUGUCGGUUUCAUACUGCGUCAGCGCUCGCUACGAAACGGGUUGCGAAGGAGGAUAUCGUGUUAGGUGGGAAGAGGAUUAGGAAGGGCGAGGGGAUCAUCGCUGCGACGAUGAGUGGGAAUCGGGAUGAGGAGAUGUUCGACCAGCCGGAGGAGUUCGAUAUGACGAAGGAGAGGGAGGUAGAGGCGUUGGGGUUUGGAUGGGGAGAGCAUAGAUGUGUGGCUGAGUGGCUGGCGAGAGCAGAGUUGGAGAUUGUCUUUGGUAUGUUCUUCUUCUUUGCCUUCGCUGGGACUUUUUCUCUUUCCGAGGCGAUGGAGGAGGUGGACUGACUUGAUAUAGCAACACUCUUUCAGAGAUUGCCGAACCUUAGACUUGCUGUUCCUUUUGAAGAGGUCAAGUAUUCGUCCCCUCACAAGGACGUUGGGAUUUCGGAGCUUCCUGUUGUCUUCUAAGAGACCUGGCUGAAUCGUAUAUUCCUGACUCUUCAGAGCAUGUCGGUUGAGAAAGCGUGGAUUGGUCUGGGUGUGGGAAGUAAAAUAUUAUGUAGCAAAAAUGGCGUCGCUUGUUAUUGUAGUAUAGUUCCAAAGUAUAUAGUAUCAACACACUGCUCGAGUA